CCGCAGAGUCCAUCAAAACCGCAACCAGCCGGAGAAGCGGCGCCACAGAGACGCACUCGCUCGCACGCACACCGUCGCACGGACACGCACCACCGACCGACCCCGGCGGCCCGAUUCGCUCUCCCUCGCCUCGCCAUGGAGAAGGCGCUCGUCGAGCGGCUCGAGGCCGCGGUGGCGCGCCUCGAGGCCGUCGCCGCGUCCGGGGCCUCGGCAGCGCGCGACUUCGGGGGCGCCUCCGCGUCGUCGGAUCCGGCGAUCCUGGCCUACGACGACUUCCUCGCCGAGGCCUUCGGCCGCCUCAACGCCGCGGCCGAGAAGAUCGGCGGGACGGUGCUCGAGGCCACCAGCGUCCUCGCUGAGGCCUUCGCCGUCGCCAAGGACCUCCUCAUCCUGGCCAAGCAGUACCCGAAACCUGCAUCAAUGGCCAAUGCGCAGGAUUUCCUCAAGCCUCUAAACGAUACUAUUGCGAAAGCAACCGCUAUGACGGAAGGAAGGAGGCCCGACUAUUUCAAUCAUAUGAAGAGUGUUGCUGACAGUCUCCAUGCCCUGGCUUGGGUUGCAUUCUUAGGGAAAGGCUGCGGCAUGAGUUUCCCAACAGCACAUGUUGAAGAAAGCUGGCAGAUGGCCGAGUUCUAUAAUAACAAGGUUCUUGUUGAGUACAAGAACAAAGACGCUGACCACGUUGAGUGGGCUAAAGCUUUGAAGGAGCUCUACACACCUGGCUUGAGGGAUUAUAUUAAGAAAUAUUAUCCUCUUGGGCCUGUGUGGGGUCCUGCUGGAUGUGCACCACCAAAGGCUGCUGCUCCAACACCAAAAGCCCCAGCGGCUAAGGGUCCUCCUCCACCUGCUGCACCAUCAGCUCCUCUUUUUAGCACAGACAAAUCUCCAAAAUCUUCGCAGCCUAAGCAAGGAAUGUCAGCUGUGUUUCAAGAGAUCGGUGGGGGCAAAGAUGUGACUUCAGGGCUGCGAAAGGUUACUGAUGACAUGAAGGCUAAAAACCGUGCUGAUAGAAGUGGUGUUGUGACCAGUAGUGCUGCUGCCCCUGCUCCUGCGAAGACUUCUCGUGCAGGAACCUUUGCCUCCAAGACUGGAACACCAAAACUGGAGCUUCAGAUGGGUCGCAAAUGGGUGGUCGAAAAUCAAGUUGGUAGAAAGGACCUUGCUAUUGAUGAGUGUGAUUCUAAACAGUCUAUCUAUAUUUAUGGAUGCAAGGAUUCUGUCCUUCAAGUAAAUGGUAAAGUAAACAAUAUCACCGUCGACAAAUGCACCAAAUUUGGAAUUGUUUUCAAGGAUGUCGUAGCAGCUUUUGAGGUUGUCAACUGCAACGGCGUUGAGGUGCAAUGUCAGGGCACCGCACCGACAAUAUCAAUCGACAACACAGCUGGGUGUCAGUUAUACUUGAACAAAGAGUCACUGGGCGCUUCCAUUACUUCGGCUAAAUCCAGUGAAAUGAAUGUAUUGGUUCCUAGCGACGAGACUGAUGGCGACUGGGUGGAGCAUCCUUUGCCGCAGCAGUACAUCCAUUUUUUCCAGGACGGGCAGUUCACCACAUCCCCAGUUUCUCAUUCCGGCGCAUAAAUAAAUCCGAUGAUAUCUUCCUUUUUUUUUGUGGCUGUUUGUUUGUUCGAUGCUGCCUUUACCUUGUUUUUUCUAAGAUGGUGGUAUGCUGAGAGUUGUUGUAGCUCUUGUUCGGUUGUUUCUCUUGCCAUUCAUUUGCCCAGUGUGUACGGCCUGGCCUGUAUGUUUUCCUUGCACCUGGUUGGUAUAUUUAUUAUUUGUACGCCAACAAACUACAACUUCUGUAUGAUUCUUUUUAUGCAAUGACUGUCGGUGUAUUCCCUGCA